AUGGCCCCCGUCGCACAGAAGUCGAAGAAGUCCUCGCAGGACAACAUCAACUCCAAGCUGCAGCUUGUGAUGAAGUCCGGCAAGGUCACUCUCGGCCUCAAGAGCGCGCUCAAGAGCAUGAGGAACGGCAAGGCCAAGCUCAUCCUCAUCUCGGCCAACACGCCUCCCCUGCGCAAGUCGGAGAUCGAGUACUACGCCAUGCUUUCCAAGACGAGCGUCCACCACUUCCAGGGCUCCAACGUCGCCCUCGGCACCGCUGCCGGAAAGCUCUUCCGCGUCGGUGUCAUGACCGUCCUCGACGCCGGUGACUCUGACCUGCUCAGCACCGUCCAGGCCUAA